CAAAAAUUCAUUUAAAUGCCUUCCCGAUUGAAGUUUUAGCUGAAAUUUGGUAUGGGUAAACUAGACUUAAUAAAGAAGAUGCCCCAAAAAUUUCAUCAAAAAAUUCCACCGGGAACCGCUCCAAAUGGCGACGGCCGGACACAACUAAUAAAUAAUUGUGGUCAAAUUCGAAUACAUGAAUGGUGAAAAAGUCAAACAAUUAUAAUCGAUAAAAGAUGUAUGUAGUACGUAAUAAUGGUAAUAUAAUAAAAGAAGUGAAAUUUAGAGGCUCAUAUGUAGCGUAUUACCGGAGAUGGGCUGGACAAAAAUGUUGAAUUUAGAGCUUCCACCGAUGGUGAAGGUUUUCUUCUGGCAAGCUUGUGUUGAUUGUCUACCAUGUAAGCAGUGGCUUGUUCAACGAAGGGUACCGGUGUGGCCGAGAUGUGCGAUAUGCGGGAAUGAGGAGGAGACUUCACUCCAUAUUCUCCGGGAUUGUUCCUUGGUUAAUGCGGUUUGGCGUAGCAGGGGUCGGAAUUUCCUUCAGAUUGCAGCUGCUAGCUUUGGGGAAUGGGCUAGUUUGGUGGCAGAACGUGGUACGAGAGCUGAGUUUGAACAAUUUGCUAUGACUAGCUGGAGUUUGUGGAAAGCCCGUAAUGAGAAAGUGCGAAAGAAAUUAAACCCGGAUUGGAAGGGAGUCAUCACGUCUGGCGAUGCCAUGCUGGAGGGCUGGCGGGAAGUGCAACAAUCCACGCUACAUGAGAGAACAAAACCGGGGCAGAGAGGAAAAUGGCAGGUUCCAGAAGCGGACUUUGUGAAAAUCAAUGUUAAUGCCUCCAUACCGACCAAGGAAGACACGCGAGGAUUGGGGUUGAUUGCUCGUAAUAGUUGUGGAGAAUUCAUACCUUGGAAGAACGUGAGGAGAUGGGGACGCUUCUCACCCGGGACGACAGAGGCACUGGCAAUAGAGGAAGCUGUUCGAUGGGCUAUGGAGCGUGGAUGGCAAAUGAUCAUCGUGGAAUCAGACGCUCAACAUAUUGUGAAAGGGCUUCACAAAGGAGAGAAUUCAUUGUAAUGAUAUUAUAUUUAUUUAAGAAUAUUAGACACAUGAUGCCUAAGUUUGCUAAUAUAAGUGUCCUGUAUGUGCACCAUUCAGCGAAUCAAGCUGCCCAUAUUCUAGCACGGGAAGACUAUUCUGGGUCUGUCAGUAUUUGGAUUGAUAAUCCACCUGAUUGUAUUAUUCAUGUUCCGAG